CGGUCGAUAGGAUGUCUGUUUCUAUUACGGCUCAAUGAAACCGCGUGCGAGAAUCAGUCCUCCACUACGAGUAGGGUUUUCCCUUGAAGCUGUACUAUUCGGUUGGAGAACAUGCGGCGUAGAUACCCCAGCCCGCCUUACCAGUAAUUUGGAUGAACCAAUGGCAGGUUUGAUGUGUAAACCACGCGCUUCAAGUUUGGGCAGGGUAUAAAGCUGCAGGUUCUAAUGGUUUUCCAGUUUACUACUAAAACAGAUGUUCUCAACCGAGGUAUCGCAAACACCGAAGGUCUGACCAAUGCUCAACGGCUUUCUCGUGGUCUCCCCGUUGGCCCUGUUAAAUUUGGUCGUACUCUUCCUGGCUAUGCUCAAGUUCGAAAACCCACCCCUGUCUCUGGUAUUAUUUGUUUUAUUGUCAAUCGUUCCAACCUCACUCAAAUUUCAUCUUAUUGCAGGUGAGAAACGGGCGCCUGCUUCUUCUGGCACACCUCCACUGCAUUUCUCUGGUCGGAUAGAAGUCAGAAGUACUAGUGGAAGCGUUGAGGGCUAUGUUCGCAACUGGAACUCCGCGGCUAGCGUGAGUGGUGUGAAUUAUGGAGGACCUGACGAAGAGUUACAUGUUAACUUCUAUACCACACCUUCGGGAACUGGACCAGUCAACAUUUUAACAACUAAUCCUAACUUCCCUGCUCCAUACUAUAUCGGCACUUCCACUAAUGCUACGCUGGGUGUGAACUCUGCAAACAUUGUUGGUUUCAACAACGUCGCAGAAACUCCUGCUGGCUCUCCACCGGUUUCUAUCGAUGGUCAAGAGGCCGAAUCUAGCAUAUGGUCAAUCAAUCCGAACACAAGGGAAAUCAAGGCGCAAUACGUGAACACAGAUGGCACCUACCCCAGAACUCUCAUUUUUUAUGAUAUCCGUGAAAAUUCAAUUUUCUUUGGUGGCGAUAUCAAUGCUUACAAUAAAGAGCACGUCGAUACUCCUGCUUCAGUGGUGAAAUUUUACCUCGCUGCCAUUGCAAACUAGAAAUGUACAGUUACAGUCUCCUCAAUCUGUCUCUUCAAUCAGUCUCUUCAAUCAGGCUUUUCGCCCAAGGACUUAUUUUCCGUAUCUGUCUACACCAAAUAUUGUCUUGCACUAAAGAGUUUAUCAUGACACUGAUUCGUGGUACAAAUAUAUAUUUGGAAU